AUGGACCCCAACAGUUUCUUCUCUCCAAUCGCUCAUAUGCUUCCUUCAAUUUCUACAGCGUAUCCGACAACUCCCCCUCCUUCCAAUCUUCCAUUUCUUCAGCUUUAUCCAAUUUUUAUGGAUUAUCGAUUUCCUGUAUUGUUUGCUAUAAUAUACGUCGUUUCUGUCUCUAUUCUAAAUCCAAGUUCGAAUAAUGUUUCUCGUAUCGUAGCAAUGCAAAAAGGUUUAAAAGCAUCAUCGGUUAAAAAAAGUAGCGAUUCAAUGACUACUUUUGUGUUUUUACAUAAUUUGGUGUUAUUUAUAUUUUCCUUUGCUGCCUUCGCAAAUGUAACACCUGCCUUGGUGAAAAAUUAUACGACUCAUAGCUUUACUGAUGCCUAUUGUGAUCGCGAUGGAAGUUUCUGGGAUGACGCUCUCGGCUAUUGGGGUUACCUUUUCUAUCUUUCAAAAUUUUAUGAAGUAAUCGAUACCAUAAUAAUUAUUCUAAAAUCUCGCCGCUCCUCAUUGCUUCAAACUUAUCACCAUGCUGGCGCGAUGAUAACAAUGUGGGCCG